AUGGAGGGGUCCCACCGGAGCGACGGCGACCGCCUGUGCAGCGCCGCCGCCCGCGGGGACCACGAAGAGGUGAGGAGGCUGCUGGACGCUGGCGUGGAUCCCAACGGGACCAACGCCUUUGGGAGAACCCCGCUCCAGGUGAUGAUGCUGGGCAGCCCGCGGGUGGCCGAGCUGCUGCUGAGGCGCGGAGCCGACCCCAACCGCCCGGACCCUCGCACCGGCUGCCUCCCGGCGCACGACGCGGCCCGCGCCGGCUUUCUGGAGACGCUGGCGGCGCUGCACCGGGCCGGGGCGCGCCUCGACCUCCCCGACGGCCGCGGCCGCCUGCCCCUCGACGUGGCGGCGGGGGGCCCGCACGGAGCGGUGGGGCGGUACCUGCGCGACCCGCCGCCCCUUCCGGGAGCCGGGGGAGCCGCCGAGAAGGCUGCGCGCUGA